CGCCCUGAGUGUUUGCGGAAAUAAACCUCCUGUCUUGUGUUGGUUAGCUCUUUUUCAAUGAAAAUACAUUUUAAAAACUGCCGCAAAGGAUAACCCAGAUGUCCAGUCCUCCAACAGAAGAGUUGAUCAAACAGUGGGAAAGCGAGCAGGAGCAGCUGAGGCAGCAGGUGGUGGAGGAGGACACCGAGGACUGGCAGAAGAGUCCAGGCUUCUCCGGCCUGAAGCGGGUUGGUGGCGCAGACCUCUCCUUCAUUAAAGGGGAUGAAGUCAACGCCUGCGCCCAGCUGGUGGUGCUCAGUUACCCCGACUUGACGGUCUUGUACGAGGACAGUCAAAUGGUGACCCUGACAGCCCCCUAUGUUUCCGGUUUCCUGGCCUUUAGGGAAACUCCUUUCCUCCUGGAGGCGCUGCAGCGAUUGAAGACCACUCAGCCUACACUAAUGCCUCAGGUGGUGUUUGUGGAUGGGAACGGUCUGUUCCAUUACAGAGAGUUCGGCCUGGCGUGUCAUCUGGGCGUGUUAUCUGGUCUUCCCUGUGUGGGCGUGGCCAAGAACCUGCUGCAGGUGCAGGGCGUGUUUAAAGACCAGCAGCACCAAUCACAAAUUGCUGCUCUGCAAAAAGGAGGAGACAGUUUUCCCCUCACCGUUGCCUCCGGCAAAGUACUCGGAAAGGCUCUGCGAAGCUACGAUAAGAGCUCCAAACCGGUUUACGUCUCUGUGGGUCACAAGAUCAGCCUGGAAACAGCUGUCCGCCUCACACACUCCUGCUGCCGCUACCGAGUACCUGAGCCUAUCAGACAGGCUGAUGUUCGCUCCAGAGAAUACCUACGCAUACACUUCCCAGCUACUGAUGCAUGAAUAAGACACUUAGUCACAGGGUUUGCUUCGAGAGGAUGCAUCACCUGAGGGCUGCCUUGGCACAGAGGAACUUGCUCCGUCACCGUGGCAUGUCUUCAUCAGUCAGGACACAGUCUGCGUCACAGAGAGCUGGCCUCACACACGAUACUGAAACCUCUCAUGCACUCCAAGUUCUUUUUUUUUGUAUCUAGGACGACCCUUUAGCUGUCCCUUUGCUUUAAUCUGAUAUUUCAAAGAGCUGAUCAGACAUGUCCUCAUCAUCAUCAUCUCAUGCAUAAACCAACUCAAGAAUGCUGAAUCUUUUUCAUCACCUCAGAGAUUUUAAAAGCAGAAAUGUUGGAACUCAACAUUAGUCAGGCUUAUUAAGUAAAUUCAGCUGUUUUAUAUAACUGCGUUACGUGUAUGGAUUCUGAUUAGAUUUUUACUGUGGUGAUAACAACUGUAGCCCCUGUUUUGUCUUUAAAUAUGCUGUUUUGUGAACAGAUACAACAUGCUACAACAUACUUGUGACCCUUAAAUGCAACUUUUUCUGAAUGAGCCUUGGAGACUGUUUUUUUUUCUUUUUUUUAACCUUUCUUACAUCCAAAUCAUAGGGUUUUCAACAUUUUGUCUCCGCACUGAACACAUUUAACCAAAUUACACCCUAAAUCGCAGGGUGGCCUCCUGUACAUACAUUGUCAGUAGAAACUAUGUUAACUGUAAUAGAGAAGAUACAGUUUUAAACUUGCUAGCUGUAAAUAAGGACUUUUUGGGAUGUUUAAGAAAUAGAGGACAAGAGUAGUAAUAUGCAAAUAAUAAAAAAAGUAUAUUUUUGUCAAAUAUUUAUGACUGGAGAAAGAAGGGCUCUUUGUAUUUUUGUGGCAUUCUUUACAGUAGGAUUUCUUGGUGUAAAAUAAUCUCAAUAUAAAAAUAUUUGAUGUAAAACUGAGCAUUUUCUUCUGUGAGUUUCAUGGUGGUAAGAUGAACCUUAGUCUUCAUCCAGCCUGAUUUGGCAGUUUGCCGAAUGUCAAGCAUUGCACUGAUUACAGAUAACUCCCACUAAUCUUUCUCUGUUAAAUGGCAUGUUGUUUUCUUUUGUUUAGUUUUCCAUUUUGAAGAGUUUCUCAAAUAUAUUAUCUUCUGUGUCACACCACAAAAGUUCAAAACUUUUUUUUUUCCCAAGAAAAAGUUUCUCAAAAAUCUGAACAAUUUACAGAAGUCAACCUA